UUACCUCGUGUUAUUUUGGCAAAAUAAAAUAAGAUGGAGCAAGCAAACGUUUCAAAUUAUGGAAUUAUUUCCGUGCGCGAAUGCCACUGCAGAGGACGAAACGAUCAUCAGAUGAUGAACACGGAAUAUGUGACCAAUUACGGGAUUUUGACGACGCGCAAAUGCCAAGGGGAAGCCAAUCCGCCAACUCUUAAAUUAAAAUCCUUCAUAAAUCGCGGAGUUUUGGUGCUCCACAAAUGCCUUUGUAACUCGGAACUGCUGCAGAUCGAUGAUUUGACUAACUACGGAAACAUGGUUAUCUGCAAGAGCACCUGUAAGUUGGUCAAGCGUAAUAAGCUCAAGGCCUUCGAAGCUCCUGAAAAUCCGGCUGAAAUAGACUCCAUGAAACCAGGUGUGACCACCCAGGUAUCCCCAGGUCGUCCAUUGGACCUAAGUGCCUCAUCUAGUGUAGAUAAAAGUCCAGAGGAAAAUUCGUUUGGGAAAAACUUAACCAAUUCAAGGGAGUUUACUGAAGCACCUGGUGGUUCUCAAAAUCAGCUGUACCAAAGUGUCCCAACGAAAGUCACUGAUCUUCCGGCAAUUACCACAAAUAAUCCCCUAAAACGACCAAGGAAAUGCACAGAUACCGUGGAAAAUCCGCCAAAGAAGCUAUGCUUGGUCCCGGCAAAGCAAUCUCUCGACAGCUCUUUGAAAAACACUACAAAUCAGACUUAUUUGGUUUCACCUAAUAAUCCAUUAAAAUGCCAAAUGGAAUCCACUGAAACCUUCCAAAAUCCGCAGCAAAAGCUAAGUUUGUUCUUAGAAAACAAUUCUUCUCCACACGAUCUGGACCACCCAAAGUAGAGACUACUGUGGGCCAAUACCACAACCACGUGUAGUAGUCAUGUGCACACCUUGCGCCAAAGAACUGCAAGAUUA